AUGGUCGAGGAUCUCCUCACUCUUCUUCACAAUUAUCUCGUUCCCGUAUCCUUCAUUGUCAUUGCCCUUGUGGUUGGGAAGCUAUGGCGUCUCUCAUCAAGAUUCCAGCUCGACCCUCAAGAGCCACCCCUAGUUCGGUCUAAAAUUCCCUACAUUGGUCAUCUUAUUGGAUUGAUGCAACAACCACAUCGAUACCUCUUUGAACUCCAUAAAAAGACACACCAUCCCGUUAGCACCCUUCGCAUGUUCAACGGCAAAGUCUAUGUGCUCAACUCGCCAUACCUUGUCCAGGCAGCUUUCAAAAGCAAAAACCUCAGUUUCGCGCCGCUGGUGGCCGAGUAUGUGGGCCGGAUGGAUGAGCUGUCUCUGAGGGCCCGGCACAUCUACGCCAAAGAGGGCAUGCACGAGCGCAUGAUGCUGCUCUUUCAGCAGCAGAUGGCAGGCACACCACUGAAGCAGAUGAACACUAUUGCCAUGGAAGAAAUAAGCUCAAUCUUUCGGCAGCCUACGCAACCGCAGGGUAAAACGUUGAUUGAAGUCGACAGCCUCUGGGUUUGGAUGCGGAACAUAAUGACAACAGUAACAACCUCAACUCUUCUCGGUCCAGGAUGUAAUCCGUGGAAGAAGGACCCGUCUCUGAUUCAAUCUUACUGGGACUGGGAGGCCGGAGAUAUCUCUCGCCGAACCCCAUUGGCAGCCAUCAAGGACCGCACGUCUCAUCAGGGUCGUGUCGCCAUCGAAAAGGCUUUGACUGCUUAUUUUGCUCAAGAAGAUUUCUCGAGGAGCGGCAUGCAUAAGAUUUCGCGAAUGACACAAGAAACGGCUGCAAUGCAGAAGCAGUACGACUUCAGUGCGAGCGAUAUGGCAGCUGCGUACACCCAAGUCAUCCACGCAUCCGUAAUGAAUGUGGUCCCGACUACUUUCUGGGCCCUGGUCCAGAUUUUCAGCAGGCCAGAUCUGCUCGCCAGUUUACGAGAAGAGGUCAUCGGCGCCAUUAAGGAGGAGAACGUGGACAGCAACACCGGGAUCCUCAAGGUUAUUGUCGAAGUCAGCCGACUAGAUAGUCUCUGCCCGAGACUAGUGUCAGCCUUCCGAGAGGCCCAUCGUCUAGCGACGACAGCAACAUUACAUCGCCGUGUCGUCGAGGACACAUAUCUCUCAGAUGGAGGCGACGUCAAUGGCCGCACUUAUCUCCUGAAGAAAGGAGUCACCUGCAUGAUUCCGACCACAGUUUCUCUCCGAAGUCCCGAGGCAUGGGGCGGUGAAGCAGCGGAGGAGUUCGAUCCUGAGCGCUUUCUUUCACAAACUAGCAUUGAUCCUGUUUCUAACCUCCGAAAGAGAGCUUACUUCCCCUUCGGUGGAGGGAAAGACCUGUGUCCCGGACGGAAUUUUGCGAUAGCUGAGGUCAUGGGCAUCAUGGUGGUGCUGCUCAGCGGAUUUGACAUUCUAGCUCCUGAUGGUAGCACAUUUCCCUUGCCAAAGGUAGCCAAGCCGAGGCUGACCACGGGCACCAUGAGACCAGACAAGACGGCAGACUUGAGAGCAAGGAUUAGUAGAAGACCGGGGUGGGAGAAUGUCGUGUGGAGCGCCGCGGUUCCUGACGUGUAA